AGCCCCCUCGCUCCUGGAGGAAAGAAGCACAGUCAAACACGUCUGGCAUGAUGUGGACAACAAUUGUCCUCCUGCUCCUUUUGCCUCAUCCGCUCUCCUCCACAGACACAGAAAAUAGCACAGGUUUUAACCAAUCAGAAAUAGAUAGUGAGGACUUCUCUGACGCUUCUGUCAAAGGCCAGACACCUGUCGGGGGGGUCAAAGGUCGGGAUACAUGCUCCAUCCCGUGUGAUGUCACAGUCAAGCUGCUGCGGGAUGAGAAACAUUCAGUGUGUGGCCAGCUGCAGCAGUCUCUGUUGUCGUUUGGACGCAGCACCAGGAAGCUGAUCAGGGAUGUGAUGGAGGAGCAGCAGAGGGCUCUGGACAUCCUCAGCAGUCAGGUCACGGAGCUGAUGACCAAAGUGCAGACGCUCAGCUUCGAGGUUCAGAGGAGCAACAGUGAGAUCUACUCUGUGAGACCUGUGCAGUCCCAUGGACGAGACUGCAGCGACAUCAAGGACAGUCUUGUGUCAGUCGUCCCCAAGAUCCCCAGUGGGAUUUACAUCGUCCACCCAGAGAACACUGACUCUUCAUUUGAGGUUUUCUGUGAGAUGGACUAUAUGGGCGGUGGAUGGACGGUGGUGCAGAGGAGGACUGAUGGUUUGACUGACUUCAAACGGCCGUGGGCUGACUAUGCCGAUGGAUUUGGAAACCUUGCAGGAGAACACUGGUUGGGCCUAAAGAAGACGUUUUACAUAGUAAACCAGAAAGAAACUCGGUUCCAGCUUCAUGUUGCUCUGACCUCCCAGGAUGAUGUGACUUCUUAUGCAUCAUAUGAUGAUUUCAGCCUGGACAGUGAAACCCAGUUCUUCAGUGUACACUUGGGCCGAUAUGCAGGCAGUGCAGGCGAUGCGUUUCGUGGCUAUGAACAGGAGCAGAACCAGGACACGGCUCCGUUCAGCGCCUCAGACGUGGACAACGACGGCUGCAACCCUUUCUGCUCUAUCGACAACCGCACGGUGGAGAGCUGCAGCACUCAGCACAACCACACAGGAUGGUGGUUCAACCAGUGCGGACUGGCAAACCUCAACGGCUCUCCUGAGGAUGCAGAGCAGAGCCAAGGGCAGAGGACAAACAUUCUGUGGGACACCUGGAGACAGAGCGGCGUCCCUCACACCAUCAAAUCUGUCACGAUAAAGAUCAGGAGGAUUGCAACCAACAACUGACACAUUGUCAGGCACCGAUUCAGAACUGUAUAAGUUGCACUGCAUCUUUG